AUGGAGCGACUAUCGGCUGGUUCUGAAAGUGGAUUAAUGUUGGAGCAGCAGGCGGUGCCGCAGUUCCAAAUGCUUGAGACACCACAGCAGAAAGCUUUACUCAAUUUAGUAUUUCGAUCGAUGAAAAGGACUCACGAUCUCUUCUGUCAUGACUACGGGACAUCACCGGAACUGGAAAUAAAAGCUGAUGAUUUAUGGCGUUCAGUGAAGCUGAAAUCUGAAUAUGGUAGUGUUAUGGAGGAAGUAAGUGAAGUAAAGAAGAAGAAGGAGGAGGAACUAUUGAAGUUGCCAGUCAGUUCAUCAGUUAUCACUGAUUAUACUCAGAAUGGUUUAUCUAGAAUGGUUGCUAUAACUGCAGGGACAGCAGAAACUAUUAAGGAGAGAAGCAUUGGAGUUGCAACAGCAUCCGGUCGACCAGAAGAAGGUAACAUGCGUACAGUGUUACCUAGUCGAGCACCUGUUAUAGUCAAACCUAAAUGGCAUGCGCCGUGGAAACUUUAUAGAGUAAUCUCAGGACAUACCGGUUGGGUUAGAUGUUUGGCUGUCGAUCCUACUAAUGACUGGUUUGCAACUGGUGGUGCUGAUCGGAUUGUGAAGAUAUGGGAUCUCGCUAGUGGAAGGUUACGGUUGUCAUUAACUGGACAUGUAAGCUCAGUUAGAUGCUGCAAAGUUUCAAAAAGACACCCAUUUCUUUUCACGGGAGGGGAAGAUAAACAGAUUAAAUGCUGGGAUCUUGAAUACAACAAAGUGAUCCGACACUAUCAUGGGCAUUUAAGUGCUGUUCAAGAUCUUACAGUUCAUCCAACAAUUGACGUCUUGAUCAGUUGUGCUCGCGAUGCUACUGCUCGAGUAUGGGAUAUGCGAACUAAAGCGCAGAUCCAUUGUUUAAAUGGACAUACAAAUACGAUAGCAGCUGUUAUUUCACAGGAAGUCAAUCCCCAGGUCAUCACUGGUAGUCAUGAUUCAACUAUUCGGCUCUGGGAUCUUGUUGCUGGACGAAGUAUUUGUACUUUGACACAUCAUAAGAAAAGUGUUCGAGCUUUGACGCUUCAUCCUUCACUUUACAUGUUUGCUUCCGGUAGUGCAGAUAAUAUCAAGCAGUGGAAAUGUCCGGAGGGAAUAUUUAUUCAAAAUUUAACAGGACACAAUACUAUUAUCAAUUCGUUAGCAUGUAAUGAAGAUGGUGUUCUUGUUUCUGGUGGUGAUAAUGGGUCGUUAAGUUUAUGGGAUUGGAAAAGUAGUUUUUGCUUUCAACGGCAUCAGACGAAAGCCCAGCCAGGUUCUAUUGAUUCGGAAGCUGGGAUAUUUGCAGUCGCAUUUGAUCAAUCUGGAUCUCGAUUAAUUACUGCAGAAGCAGAUAAAACGAUCAAAAUGUAUAAAGAGGAUGAAAAUGCGACCGAGGAGACGCAUCCGAUUCUGUGGCGAUCAGAAGUAUUGAAACGAAAAGCCUAUUAA